CCAAGCUCUGCCAAGAGGGUAAGCAGAGAUAUCACUCUGUCUUGUCUGUGACCUUACUGACCUGACUCUGCCCUCAGAGAUCCACGAUGUCUUCUGCAGCUAUCGCUUUGCCUGCAGCACCACCAGCUAAAUCUCCCAAAAAGAGAUCUACCAAGAAGGCGUCGGGCCCUUCACUGGCGAGCCUGAUAUUGAAAGCUGUUUCUGCAUCUUCACAGCGCGGCGGUGUGUCCCUGGCAGCCCUGAAAAAGGCCCUGAAAGCGGGAGGAUACGAUGUAGUGAAGAACAAAGCCAGGAUCGUGGUGGCCAUCAGGCGACUGGUGAAGAACAAAUCUCUGGUUCGCACCAAAGGAAGCGGGGCGUCUGGAUCCUUCAAACUGAACAAGAAGCCUCCCUCACCGCGAAAGAAGAAGGUGGUGAAAAAGAAGGUCAAAAAGGUCAAGAAGGCUGGUGCCAAGAAAGCGGCAGGAGCUGCUUCUGCAGCCAAAAAGUCGCCUAAAAAGAAGAAGGCAAAGAGCCCCAAGAAAGCCAAGAAACCUGCUGCGGCCAAAAAACCCAAGAAGCCAAAGAGCCCCAAGAAGACCAAACCCAAGGUUGCUAAGCCCAAGAAGACCAGGGCUGCUAAGAAAUGAAGACUGCUCUGCAGGACCAUCAGCAGGCACUUCUUUCUGCCCCUCAACUCUGUGUGGACUAUAAAGCAUUCAACUUUCUUUGCUAAAGCUUUAUUGGUUUCUGUUGUAGAAAAACCUUAAACUUGAUGCUAUUGCACUUUCCUCCUCCUCUUUCUGUCAUAGUCUUUAAAAGACUAAAAUGCAAUAAUAAAGUCAUUUUUGAUGUAUUCA